CACGACUUUUAUUUCAUUCCAUUCCAUCAUCUUCAUUGCUAUGUUUCUAGCAGAAUAAUUAGUUAGUGUGGAGAGAUGCACGAACUGAUUUCCCAACUCAGUGCCUUCGGGACUGCCAGUCAAGUUACUCUGCCUCUCAUUCAGCACCCUUUGAACCAUACUACCACGCUGCUGGCCGCGCAGUAUGGGACUACCUUCAAUGUCGAGGUGACAAUCGCCGACCAGACCUUCCAGCUGCUGGUCGACACGGGCAGCAGUGAUACUUAUGUGGUUCGAAAUGACUUUGUCUGCAUCAAUGAAACGACCAACCAAGAGAUCAGCCAGGCUGCCUGUGGUUAUGCGCCUCACGCCUACAACGAAUCGAGCACGUAUCGGCUAAUCCCCAACCAGACCUUUGGCGUACAAUAUGGCAACGGCGUUGCCUGCGGAGUAAUGGCCCGCGAGGACAUCACCCUAGCAGGCAUUACCGUUCCCGGACAAGCGAUCGGAAUUGCUGAUCGCAGCCAUCCGAUGGGCGAUGGGAUCAACAGUGGCGUGCUGGGUCUGGCCUACCCAUCCCUUACCUCUGCCCAUCCGCGCAAUCACACCGACAACACCACCUUCUGGUUCGACCGGGAGACCUAUCGUCCGGUGUUCAACACCAUGUACGAGCAAGGGUUGGUCGCGGAGCCCUACUUCAGCAUUGCCCUCGCCCACAGCCCGCACAACCUCACCGCGGCCCCCGCGACGACCUUUGGGGGCUAUCUCACCUUAGGCGAUUAUCCCCCAGUCGCCCACAAUGCGACCUUUGCCAAUGUCCCCGUGGAGAUCCUCAAUAACAUCCCUCCCAGUUUCACUUCGGGCAAGCGCACCCGCUCCUACUGGGCGUUCACUGUGUCCGCCGUGACCUGGGGCAAACCUGAAGCCGAUGAUUUCCCGCUCAUCACAAACGCCACCGCCUUCCAGGCCUUGACCGAUACCGGCAAUGACUUCAGUUUUCUGCCCAUGGCGGUGGUGGAUUCGAUCAAUGCUUUGUUUGAUCCACCCGCUGUCUAUUCGGAGGCGCUGGGGUACUAUCUCGUCGACUGUGAUGCCCAGGCGCCCGUGUUUGGGGUCGAGAUUGGGGGACAGACCUUCUAUCAUGAGGGACGAGACCUGAUCUAUAGGACCGAAGAAGGGUACUGUGUGUCGAGCUUAGCUGCCUCUGAAGAUGUGGCCUACGAGGGGAUUGUGUUGAAUAUCCUCGGAGUGCCGUUCUUGAAAAAUGUGGUCUCCGCAUAUGAUUUUGGAAAGAAUGAGCUACGCUUCGCGCAGAGAUUAGAUUAAAAAAGAUUGUGGAUUCUUGUUCAUUUGGGAGUAGAUUUGGGAGGGGGGAAGGGGGGGUUGUGUUUGACGCCUCGGGCUUGGGAUGGAGGCUGUCUACACGGUCAAGGUAGAUAUGGCUGGGAGUUUCAGAGGAUCUGACAGUGUGUUCUCAUACAUUGGGAACUGGAUUCGAUGAUAGUGAGCGUUUUUUAUGAUCAGAAUCCAACUAUAUACACAUAAAGCGUUG